AAGAUAAUACUACCCUAGGGGGGCCUGGCGCAUGCCCCUGCAAAAUGAUAUGUUCUAGAUGCCUAAAAAUAACCUCUGAGGCGUUUAAGGCGAUCAAUUUUUUCUUUUACUUUCUUUUUUUCCCUCUUUUUUUAACCUUCCAAAAAGGGGGGGGGGAAUGCUGUUCCCCUUGUUCCUGGGUAAAUGUAACCGAUUUUAUUAUUUCUUUCUUAUCAGCUUCAAGUAUGGUGAGUCUUGCUUCAACAUCACCCAGCCUAGUCAGUAUUGACGCUUGGUUUUGUAUGACUGUGUCGAUUUUUGCGCCUAGCUUUGUGGUUGUAGCUUGGAUUUCGCGCCAUAUGUCAUAUGACCCAUUUGAUCUAGGUGUGCUAAUGUAGUUGGUUUACACCCAGCUUGUGGCUCAGCCUUGGUGGUGUCCAAACUUGUAUUUCUUCUAGAUGUCAUUUGUUCAGGCUUUUUUUCAGUUGAUCAGCAUAUACAAGAUACGCAACACAAUGACGUCAUAGUAAAGAUAACAAUCAUUUGAUGAAGCUCAAUUUUUACCAAACCAAUCGAUAAUAUAUUUGCAAUGAAUAUCAACCUGACAGAAAUUUGUAAAGAAAACCCUGUGAUAUCAGGAUUCAAUUUAGACAACCACCCAGGUAUUAUAUCAUACUUGAAAGCGAAUCUGAAGGACGGACGUGACGUCCCGACGACAAUUUGUGAUCUUUUGGCAGAUUUUAUAGACGAUCAAGUUUUCCAAUUUGAAAACGCUGAAUAUAUUGGUCUAGGUAGAUCUAUGAUUAAUUCAGAAGUAUCGCAACGGAUCUUAAAAAUCCUCGGGAAGGUUUCUCUGGAAACCCGUUAUGAAAAUCCAAAAAAUGGACAUUUGCUUCCAAGUCAUGUGCUUCAACGACAUUUUCCAUCAUUCACUGAACUCCAGGCCAGGCAGUACUCCUUUGAUUUUUUACGACGACAUGAAAAGGAACCAAAUUAUUUCAUUUUUUCCAAUCGAGUUAUGCAGGACUAUGUAAUAGCGAUGUGGUGUUGCAGUAGCUUAGAAGAUGCGAUCACGAGUAACCUUCACAUCUCAUCAGCUCUCGAACACUGCCUCCAGCUAUUACCAGCAACCAGUAAUGUUUGUAGUAUUCUGGCAGGACUUAUCGCUAAAUUCCAUCCAGAGAAAUUACGUGGAUAUCUGAGAACGUUAGUCAAAGCAAGUAGUGUAAAUGACAUUGCCGAACACGAUCUGCAAAUAAUGAUGGUUGAAAGUGUUUACGAGGCUAAGGGUGGCGACCUGUGCGCUAUGGUCGAAGAACUCUUGCCUACACUAAGUAUUAGUAUAAAAAAUAAUCGUAUCCACCAUCUACCGUAUGUUGUAUCCGCUAUUGGUUACUUUGUUCAGCAUUCGAAUUUCCUUUCAAGUGUAGAUUUGAGUAAUGCUGGAAUUGAUACGUCCAUAGUCCCCUUCUUUACGAGCCACAUUGUCGAUGAAACCCCAAUUCAGUCAAUGAAUUUUCGAAACAAUAACCUCGGACCCGAUGGACUCCAAUCCAUAAAUUUAGUACUAUCGCUAAUGACGUCACUUAUUUAUAUCGAGUUGAGUGAAUGUAAUAUUGGUAACAAAGGUUUUAAGAAUCUCGCGAGUUCGAUAAAAUACAUGCCUCUUGUUCAUCUCCGUGUACAGAAAAAUGGAAUCACAGACGAUGGGUUUAUUGUCGCUGUCGAGAACGUGUGUUAUUGUGACACACUUGAACUAAUAGAUGUGUCAAACAAUUCCAUUACUAAUAAAUCUACUGUAGCGUUUUCUAAGAAAUUGUGUCAUUUGAAGAAAUUGCGAAGUUUGGACAUGAGCGAAAAUCUGAUCUCUGAUGACGGGAUCAGUGCAAUUGCAGUCUGCCUACACGAAGUACAAAACUUGACUUUCUUACAAUUGGCAUCAAAUCGAGUGGGAUUAGAGGGCGCUAUGAGUAUUGCUGAAAAUUUGCACAAAGUUCCUAAACUUACUCAUUUAAAUUUAAGCGGCAAUGAAAUACCUUUACAGGGGUUGUUCGCGCUGAAUAGUGCCAGGAAAAACCAUUCAGUUGCAAAUAAUUUAAGGAUAAGCGGCCAAAAAUCGUCGACAUGCUUCAAUUCGAUUGGAUAUUCACCAUUAUUCUCGACUUCAAUGUCGUCGCUGAAAAAGAUGAGUGAUGUCGAUCUUUACGAGAAAUGCGAAUCGAUGUCUGAGCUUGCACAAAAAUCGGCGCAAUCUUUUCAGCAACGACUCGCCGUUAAUGAUGCUAUGAGUACUUUAGACGACGCUAUUGAAUACAUGACCAACUCAUUAAAACGUGAAAGUAAACUGAGAAGAACGCAAGUUUGGAGGGAACUUGAGGAAGAAACGUUGCUUGAUGAACUUGGCAAUGGCUCACUGAAAGCAAGUGUGCAAUUCAUCAGCAGAUCCAGCACUCUGGACCGCGACAUCAGAAGCAAGAAAAAAGAAGAGCAACAAGAGGAAUGGAAGACGCGAUCAUUAGAUCGCAUGCGAAUGAAACGGAAAGGAUUGAGAUUAGAAAUCAAGCCGCAUGCUAUUCAAGAGGUUUAUGAAACUUAGUUCAACAAUUUUGAAAAUCUUGUGGCUUACACGCAUGUAACCAUUUGAAGUAUCUGACGCCUUUCUUUGUUUUGGUGGUUACUAACCUAGUUAUUUCUGUCCUACAAACUGGAUUCAAUUUUGUGAGAGACAUAUUAUAUUUAUAAUUUUCUAGAUGACAAAAUUAAUAUUUUAUGCAUCAAUAAAUAACUAUUACAUUUUAUUGCAUGAAUUUCAUACACUAUGAUGGUUUCACCUAUUUUAAUUCCGUUGAUGACGUAGACAUAAAACAGCUGGUGAAGCUUCUUCUUAUCGAGUCACUACGUAGUUAGUGUAUGAUCUUGCUCACGUAGUGUGGUAGAAGGAUUCGCAGGUAGAAGUUAAAAGUUUACAAAAAUGAAAUUGUGAGACCUCGUACAAUUGGUCCAGGUAAUAGACAAAAAAAGGGAUACUGUAAAAGGCCUACCAUAGAAGAACAGUUCACCUGCAAUGAAAACGGUGCUUCAGAACAAGUUCAACAAGUGCAGGAUUUUUAAUGUAAAGGAAUGCCUUUAUUAUUAUAUUUAAUUUUAAGACAAUGGCCACUGAACUCCCACAGUAGACGAUAAACGAAUGUACCACAUUCUGUACAGAA